AUUCACAACUCGCGACAUAAGGACAGUAGGACUAGGACACAAUAUUUAUGCGAAAAGUUUGACUCUUUUUCCAUCCAUCAUUUUUUUGACUGUUACACUGCAAUUAAAUUUUCUAUAGCCUCUACAUUGAGGUUGCCCAUUGAAGACAGAGAGCCAUGUUCAAUACAAGGAAGUCACGGUUCUGGCUUUCUCUUCUCAACCUCAUCUUCUCUUUACACUCCUAUCCUUCCCUUGCAGCUCUAACUACCAUCUCUGCAAACCAAUCUCUCUCUGGUGAUCAAACUCUAGUCUCUGAAGGGGGAAUCUUUGAAUUGGGUUUCUUCAAGACCGGUAAUUCCUCUAAUUAUUACAUAGGCAUAUGGUACAAAAAAAUCACCCAGCAAACAAUUGUUUGGGUAGCCAACAGAGACAACCCUGUCUCAGAUAAAAACACUGCAAUGUUAAAAAUAUCAGCUGGUAAUUUAGUUCUAUUAAAUAAGUCUUCAAAACAAGUUUGGUCAACAAACGUGAGUUCUCCUAAGUCAGGUUCUGUGGUAGCUAUGCUCUUAGAAUCUGGAAAUUUUGUUUUAGGAACUAAGCCUGAUGAUGAUGCAUUAGAUCUUCUAUGGCAGAGUUUUGAUCACCAAACAGAUACUUUUCUUCCAGGUGGAAAAAUUAAGCUGGACAUGAAAACAAAUCAGCCUCAAUAUCUUACUUCAUGGAAGAAUAAGGAAGAUCCUUCAACGGGUCUUUUCUCUUUGGAACUAGACCCAAAAGGAUCAACUUCAUAUCUUAUUCUUUGGAACAAGUCUGAACAGUAUUGGACAAGUGGACCUUGGAAUGGACAUAUUUUUACUCUUGUUCCCGAGAUGAGGUUAAAUUACAUCUACAAUUUUUCAUUUGUGUCAAACGAAAAUGAGAGCUAUUUCACUUACUCCUUGUAUAACCCUUCCAUUAUAUCUCGGCUUGUGAUAGAUGUGUCGGGGCAGAUUAAGCAAUUAUCAUGGUUGGAAAGUGCCCAAGAGUGGAACUUGUUUUGGUCGCAGCCAAGAAGACAGUGUGAGGUUUAUUCUUUCUGCGGUGCAUUUGGGAGCUGCUUUGAAAACUUCAAUCCUUAUUGUAGUUGUUUGAGAGGCUUUGAGCCAAAGUCAGUCUCUGAAUGGAAUCUGGGGGAUUUCUCAGGUGGGUGUAUCAGGAAAGAAAGUUUGCAAUGUGAGGGUUCCAGUCCCUCUAAUAGGGGUAAGGACAUGUUUCUUGCAAUCCCCAAUAUGGCGUUAUCUAAACAUGCAGAAUUUGUGGGUUUGGGAAAUGCAGCUGAAUGUGAAUUAACCUGCUUGGAAAACUGCUCCUGCACAGCUUAUGCAUAUAAUAGUAAUGGAUGUUCAAUUUGGAUUGGAGACCUCAUUAAUAUGCAACAAUUGUCUUCUGAUGAUAGUAGUGGACAAACUUUGUACCUCAAACUUGCAGCAUCAGAGAUUCGUGAUACUAGUAAACACCAUAAUGGGGUGGUGAUCAUGAUUGGUGGUGUUGUGGGCGCAGUUGUUGGCAUAGGGAUACUCUUGGCGCUUCUAUGGUUUGUCAUGCUUAGACGAAGAAAGAGAAUGCUUGUAAUGGGAAGGCUCUUGGAGGGUUUUAUGGUGGAAUUUGGGUACAGGGAUUUGCAAAACGCGACUAAUAAUUUCUCUGAGAAAUUGGGAGGAGGAGGUUUUGGUUCUGUUUUCAAAGGAGCGUUAACUGAUUCAAGUAUGGUGGCAGUGAAGAAGUUGGAGGGUGUUAGCCAAGGAGAGAGGCAGUUCAGAACAAAAGUGAGUACAGUAGGGACAAUGAAACAUGUUAAUCUUGUUCGCCUCCGUGGAUUCUGCUCAGAAGGUACCAAAAGGUUACUGGUUUAUGAUUACAUGCCAAAUCGUUCCUUGGAUUUCCAUUUGUUCCAGAACAAUAAUUCUGAGGUGUUGGAUUGGAAAAUGAGAUACCAAAUUGCUCUCGGAAUUGCAAGGGGUCUUACUUACCUUCACGAGAAAUGCGAAGACUGUAUCAUACACUGUGAUAUAAAGCCAGAAAACAUUCUCCUGGAUGCUGAUUUUUGUCCAAAAGUUGCCGACGUUGGCCUAGCUAUGCUAAUUGGACGGGGUUUUAGCAGGAUCCGUACAACAAUGAGAGGAACAAAAGGUUAUCUUGCCCCAGAGUGGUUAUCUAGGGUUGCUAUCACAUCCAAAGCUGACGUUUACAGCUAUGGAAUGAUGCUUUUUGAGGUUGUAUCUGGUAGGAGGAACUUUGGUCCAUCUGCAGAUGGCCAAGUUACUUUCUUUCCUACCGUGGCUGCAAAAGUAGUUAUUGAAGGUGGUAGUGUACUUACACUUCUGGACCCUAGGUUAGAGGGAAAUGCUGACGUUGAGGAGAUUACUGAAAUGAUAAAAGUUGCUUCUUGGUGUGUCCAAGAUGAUGAAACUCAGAGGCCAACCAUGCGUCAGGCAGUUCAAAUUCUUGAGGGGAUCUUGGAUGUGAAUUUGCCACCAAUUCCACAUUCCAUCAAGUGUUUGUAGAUAACUAAGAGAAAUCGUUUUUUCUACACUGAUCCUAGCUCCACCCAAGUUCACAGGUAAAGUACAAGGUAUGGUCUCAACAACUUCUCAGGCCAAAAGCAAUAUCUCAUCAGCUAGCUUUAAGUCUUCGGUAGAAUAUUAGGAUGGCUAAGUGUCUCUCUUGAUAUUUGUUACUGAUAGAAAAAAUAUACCGCCUUUUAUUUUAUUGUGAUGUAUGGUGUGAAUAAAUAAGCUUCUCUUUCCAAGUGGGUGUUACUAUAUUCAAUCAAAAACUGUUAUCUUAUAACUUUGUUGUACUCAUUAAUAUUAUAUAGAGGGGUGGUUUGUCGGUAAUUUGACUUGUCUAAAGUGAUAGAGUUCUUUAAUUACAAUAAACUUUCUACAAUUACAUUUCGUCAUAAACAAUAGUAACACAACGAGCAAACACUAGAUGCUGAAAAUAAAAUUGGCAGUGACUAAUUAAAGAUCAGAGAAGAGAAGAUUGUUGAGCCUAAAAAGAAAUUACAUCAGUCAUAUUAGUGUAGUAAUUCAAUGAGCUAAUGAUAUUUCCUUUAAAACGAAAUUACAACUGCUAACCAUUUUACUCAACAUCAUCAUCAUCUGCAGACAAUGAGUUCAAGGUGAUGCAAGGUAUGGUCCCUUCCAGCUAGUGCAAGAUGAGAGUGGUGUUUUCCCAAGUUCAGUUCCAUACUUAGCUAUCAUGAAAAAAUUGACACAAGUUCUUUUACUAUAUAUUAAUCUAUUAUUAUAGCAUUUAUAGAACAAACUGAAUAUGUCACCAACUAUUUCUUUUCAAGCCAACAGUACUACUACAACAAUCCAAUAUUUGUUUGUGAAAUUUUCACUCAUGAAAUUUCCACAUCUAAAUUUCAUCUCAUAAUCUAUUGUGGGCCACCAAAAUACAAUCUUAGUUAAAUUUUCACAUAUGCAAUUUCCACACCUAAAUUUCAUGUAUCAACCUUGGUAAGGGAAUUUGUGUUAUAUCUAGGACAGCAGCCAAUAAUCCCUCCCUAUAUAAACUAGAUCAUUCACCUGAAAUUAAUUUUCAUAAAAUCUUCAUUUCUAUAUUCUUUCAAACUCAAUGUAGCAAAUUGCACCAAUUUUAAAUUAUAAAUACAUAGUUU